AGAUGGCGGCGGCGGGCGGGCGCUGAUUGCUCGAGCGGCUCGCGGGGCCCGACGCGCUGCCGCCGCCGCCGCCGCUCACUUCCGGCGGGCGGGAGCCGAGGGGAAGCGGCCAUGGGGCGGCGGGGGCGGCCGGCGGCGGGGCCGGGCCGGGUGGGGGCGUCCCGGCCACCGGCUUGAGAGCCCGGAACCCACAAGUGGCAUCCUGCCAUCCUGAGCAUCACAAACCCGGAAUGAGCGGGCAGAAGCUGCUUUGCUUGCCGAGCCGUAUCCCCGAGUGCUCGUUCAAAGGUGCCAGCACAUCCGAGCCUGAGAGGUGCCCGAGAUAAAAGAGCUGGACCCGGAUCCAUCCUGAACUUCUGAGGUCAAUCUGGGGCUGCCCCUCUCCAGGGAGCCAUGGAGGACAAACGCAACAUCCCCAUCAUCGAGUGGGAGCACCUGGACAAAAGGAAAUUCUACGUCUUCGGGAUUUGCAUGACCAUGAUGAUCCGGGUGAGCGUUUACCCUUUCACGCUCAUCCGGACGCGGCUGCAGGUCCAGAAGGGCAAAAGCCUCUACAACGGGACCUUCGAUGCCUUCGUGAAAAUCCUGCGGACAGAAGGGACGGCCGGGCUCUACCGGGGUUUUUUGGUCAACACUUUCACCCUGAUCUCCGGGCAGUGCUACGUGACGACCUACGAGCUGACUCGCAAGUACGUGGCCCGCUACAACAACAACAACGCCGUCAAAUCGCUGGUGGCCGGGGGCUCGGCCUCCCUGGUGGCCCAGAGCAUCACGGUGCCCAUCGAUGUCAUCUCCCAGCACCUCAUGAUGCAGAGGAAAGGGGAAAGCAUGGGCAGGUUCAAGGUGCAGAACCCGGAUGGCAAGCGAAUGCUGGUUUUUGGCCAAACCAAGGACAUCAUCGUGCAGAUCUUCAAGGCUGACGGUUUUCGGGGGUUCUACAGGGGCUACGUGGCCUCUCUGCUCACCUAUAUUCCCAACAGCGCGGUCUGGUGGCCCUUCUACCACUUCUAUGCUGAGCAGCUUUCCAGCCUGACUCCUAAGGACUGUCCCCACCUCCUCCUGCAAGCCAUCUCGGGGCCGCUCGCGGCUGCCACCGCUUCCACGCUCACCAACCCCAUGGAUGUGAUCAGAGCUCGGGUGCAGGUGGAAGGCAAGAGCUCCAUCAUCCUCACCUUCAAGCAGCUCAUGGCAGAGGAAGGGCCCUGGGGCCUGACCAAAGGCCUCUCUGCCCGCAUCAUCUCCGCCACGCCUUCCACCAUCGUCAUCGUGGUGGGCUACGAAACCCUGAAGAAGCUGAGCCUCCGCCCGGAGCUGGUGGAUUCAAGACACUGGUAGAGGCAGAGGGUGGGAGAGAAACCUGCCCUUUCAACCCUCUGGAUCUGGACUGUCACGGUGGAAAGCUUUGUCUCUAGCUAACGUGGAGUGAGUUUUCACAGUACGAGGCAGAAGCAGGAGCAACUGCAAUUCACCUCUUCAGAUCGGAUGGCAAUUUGGUGCUCUGCUGCUCUUUCUGCUCCAAACCACCCAAAACGUGACCCUUGGCCACGCCUGUGACGGUUCCUUCAAGAGCAGCCAGAUGCGUGAAUGCAUCCUGGCAAAUUCUCGGUUCCCUCUUUUUUUUUUUUUUUUUUUAUUAUUAUUUAAAUGAAAGACUUGCUGGUUGAAGCAAAAAGCCGGUUUAUUCCUUAAAUUAUUUUAAAUUCUGUCAAACUUCCAAGCAGGGGAAUCCAAACAGACUGCAGCAGAGCCCUCUGGUGGGUCGUGUGCUGAUUGCAGUUGUCCCGUGGGACGCUGGAGGACUAAACGUAGCCAAGAAACUUUCCCCACUCACGCACUUUUCUUGGUGUGAGAAGAGAGUAACCUGGAACCACUUAACAACCUGAUUUCCCGCGUUUUAAAUAGAUCUGUACAUACCUUUUUGUUUUUUUUUGUAUAUUCUUGGACCUGUUUCCUGUCUCUCAUCCUUCAAACAGCAAACCUCGCUGACGGGCGAGUUGAGGGUCGAGUUGGCUGUUUGUGGUUAGUCGGUGGCGAUUUUUGACACCCGUGUUUUUAAUGUUAUUUAAUUUAAUUAAUUUUUUUUUUUAAUUAUUUUAUUUCAGGGAAGCUUACUCUGAUUUCUGGGGGACUGAGUGGUUGUUCCGUGGCCUUGUUCAAUGUGUCGCUGCUGCAUGUUCAGGGUGGCUGAGGCCACUUCCCUCCUGUAGUUAGUUUAAGCGAAAACCAGCGCAGAGCUCGGCAGCGUCGGAUUUGCUCUGCUGCCAGCAGCCGAGGUGAGAGCCCAGCCUGACGUGAGCUACAGCGGGAUGGGAGGUAGGGAAGGAGAAAUCUUGCACUGGCUUUUGAUCCAGUUCAAACCUGACUGGCAUGUUCAUAUUGAAUGAGAAGCGAUGGUUUGCUAAUACAGCCUGAGCCGAAAUCCUGCUGGUCCUGUUCGGGGAGGACGGGGAUGAUUCUUUGCACACUCUUGCCGGAUCAAAAUCUGAAGCUGUGGCGUGUUUCUGACACGGCAAAAACCCGCAGCCGAACGGUGAAGCGAGAGGCUGCUGCUUGGGGAGGAGGAGGAGGGAAGGGGGUGAUGGAUUUCACCCUGCUGGUCUCAAUAUUUGGGAUUCACCUCGGGCGGUGAGGGAUUCGUGCCCGAUGCCAGCGUCUGCAGUUCAGCUGCCACAGGUGGAACCCGCACAGACAGCGACUGCUGGAGUCAGAGGGCAGAACCCGGCUCUGAGACGCAGCACUCCUUAAUUGGCUUGCGGAUGAGUCAUCAAAGACCUCUUAAUCCCCCUUCUAAUUGUCUGCAGCACUCGGUAAGGUGACGGAUGCCUCUGAGUGUCCUGCAGCCUGCUCUCCUGUUGCGUUUUUUCUUUGAUUCCCUUGCAGUCAGCUCUGUGGCCGCUGGUUCUGCUGGAAGAAGUGGAACCACAGGAUUUCAGGGAAGCGUUGUGAGUUCGUGGUAGCCCCAUUUUCAUCCCAAGGCAGCAGUGAUGCCAAUUCCAAACCAUAACCAGCCUCUGCCCAGCACCAGCAGGGUGAAUUUUGGGGUGUCAGGGGAAGCAGCAGCCCCCACAAAUGCAGGCAGAUGUUCUCGAGCUCGAUACUUUUCUCUCGUAACCGGAGUAGUUCUCGGUGACUAAUAAAAUUGAGACCUUCAACUCGA